AUCCAUAGAGAGAGAGAGAGAGAGACUAAACCGGAAAUAAAAAUGGCGUCAUGGAUUAAACCGGUGCUAAUCUCUACGGGCGUCGUGGCUAUAGCUAUGCAACUAAAAAUCAUUGUCCCUGUUGUGGCCGUAGAUCUCUCUCGAGCUCCCAUCCUUUUCAGUUCUCUUCUCUCAUGGCUCAAACCACCAUACCUCUACGUCAUCACCAACGUCAUCAUCAUCAUGAUCGGAUUUUCAUCCAUGUAUUACCAGAUCAUCACGAGCCCUGACAGCAAAGACUACGAGGGUGGUUCUUACAGCGGCGACAAUCAUAAGUUUCAGAAUGAGCAAAACGUCCACCGAGAUCCACCACGGCGGUCGGAGACGGCCAAGGAUGAAGAUUUCAGCUUCGUCGCCGCAACUCAGCCGUCAAAGGACAUCAUUAAGGAGAAGGAGAAACAUGAGGUGGUUAAGGAGAAGCUAGCAGAAGCGGUGGUAAAAGCAGAGGAGGAGAGGAAGAAGUGUUUAGUAGUGGUGGCCGUACCGGAAAAUCUGACUCCGGUUGAGAAGCCUCUUGUUGUGGCUAGGAUCGGUCAACGCAAAUUGGUCAAGACCACCACAGCAGAACGAAACUCUUUGAAAGCGUUGAGAGUGGCAAAGCCAAAGAGGCAAGAGACUCUUGAGAAUACGUGGAAGAUGAUAACGGAAGGGAAACCGUUGACUAGUUAUUACCGGAGACCAGACACGUUUGGACUUGGCGUAGAAGAUUCCAACAAGACAAAGCAAUUUGGUUUGAAGAAAGCCGAGACGUUUAUUGAUCGAAGCAAGUAUUACCUGUCACCGGCGGUGUCAAGGAGUCGAAAUGAGCUGAACGUGAGAGCUGAAGCGUUUAUAAAAAAGUGCAAUGACGAAAGGUUCGAGUCGAUGAGACAGGACACAGAAGUGACUCGUCGUGGUCUUUCGUUUUAGUUAUGGUUUUUGUCUAUUUAAUUUCCAUUGUUGCAUUUUUCUUAGACGCUAAUAACAAAAGGAAAUGACAAAUGUGGGAAGUCACGGAUAAACAAAGCACCCUGAUUGGCUUAGUUUAGUUGUUGUAUCGCAUCUUUCAUUUUACUAAUGUAAAAAGUCAUCAAAUAGAUAUUUUUUCUCGUUUAAAG